GGCCCAUUAGCCAGGCGUAGGCCCAUAUGCGAUAAGCAAGUGCGAAACGUUUCUUUUGUGGCCGAAACAUUGUCGGAGUUUCGCUCAACGGAGCUUGAGCUUAUCCCUGUCGUCCAAAGCCGAAGCCCGGAGUUGGGCGGUUUCAAUGAAAGCUGGGCUCCGGAAAUGGCAGAAUCCGGUGCCCGGAGAAGGCUAGUUCCGUCGACGGAGUCAAUUGGCCGUUGCAUGGUCUGCUGCUUCUUCGUCUUCCUCUCUCAGCUCGCUCUGAUCUCUGUGUCUCACUUCUUCUCCACCUCCUCAUUCCUCGCUCAGCUCUGCCUAUCAGCUGCGGUGUUGCUGGUGAUCACUGGAUUAGGAGGACGGUGUAGGCGGCUGAUCGGAGUCUCUGCAUCAGCACCUGCUUUUGUAGUCGUCACAAUAGUUUACACAUGGAGUGUUUACACCGCCGUCGUUAGACAAGCUGUUUCGCGUUUCAUGGAUGUUCUCUUCAAUGGAGAGGUUGCCCUGCUCAUGAUUGGACUAUGUAGUAUGUUCACAAUGGACCCUGGUUUGGUAGCUGAUGGAGAUCCCUCAUCGAGUAGACUAGCUGAAUGCCAGACUGAGAAUCCUCCUUUGGCUGGGAGAGUAAGAUUUUGUCGGAUCUGCAAGGCAUAUGUCAAGGGAUUUGACCACCACUGUCCUGCUUUUGGGAACUGCAUAGGUCAGAACAACUAUGUUCUUUUCAUGGCUCUUCUUGUCGGAUUUCUUAGUACAGAGGCUUCUUUUGUGGCAUGCUCUUAUCAAUUCCUUGCUAAAUCCCAGACAUCACAUCAGACUAGAUUCGAUAGUACUCUGGACAUGGACGUGGUUAAUGGUGCAAUGCUAUUCUCCUUUCUGCAAUUGCUGUGGCAGGCUAUAUUUUUUGCAUGGCAUGUAUAUUGUGUAUGCUUCAACAUCAAAACGGAAGAGUGGGUCAACUGGAAAAGGUAUCCAGAAUUUCAAGUGCUCAUUGAAGAUGAACAAGUUCAAGGGCAUUCCGGAACGCAGUUCAGAAACCCUUAUGAUAAGGGCAUCCAGCAGAAUGUUAAUGAGUUUUUCAUACUAACCCGAUAAAUCUUUCAAACUCCGGUUCUAUAAAAUUCCGAAUUGUUAUUCUAUUA